GAAGUUGGUUGAAGUGUUCUUUGGCAGAAUACGACUUAACGCUGAUUUAUGCUGAUACCCUCCUUGUCACGAUAUUAGCGAUAAAUCUCACUCUCGGCUACUUACGUGUACUGCCCCCAGUGGCUGCUCUCUUCCUGUGAUAGGUAAUAUUUCGAAUGGACGGUAAGAUCACCCAACCGGAGUUCCAUGGCUCGAGGGACGUUAUCUGUUUAGAUAAAACAUCGGUUGGAGGCAACUCUAGUCUCGUCUACCACUGUUGAGGUUUAGACGUCCCAGUGCCGGUUAAAACUACACGGGGUUCUGCGAGGACAUCAACGUCAUUCAUCCAGAUCUCCGCGUGUGUGUGCUGUGCACUGCCGCACUUGGACAGAAAUCAUGAGACACACACGAAGAAUGAUAAAAUAUUGGCUAGUGUUAUCGUCACUACUUUUGCAAGAAAUCACACGCACAUAUUCUGCGUCGUGCGAACCUAUAGACAUACCAAUGUGCAAGACGAUGGCAUACAACAAAACUCGAAUGCCCAACCUACUGCACCACAGCACACAAGAGAAUGCCAAGCUAGCCAUUGAACAAUUCGAGCCACUGGUAAACACGAACUGCAGUGAAUACUUGUUGUUCUUUUUAUGUUCUAUGUAUGCGCCGAUCUGUACUGUAGAAUUUCAAACAGAUGCCAUACCACCGUGCAAAACUGUGUGCUUGAACGCUAAGAGAGGAUGCGAACCAAUAAUGAACGAACACAAUGUUGAUUGGCCUGAUUACUUGGCAUGCGAUGAUUUACCGCUCUACGACCGGGGAGUGUGUAUCUCACCCGAAGCUAUCAUCCAAGAGCCGCCCGACAGUAAUGAAUCGGAUGGGAAAGAAGAGGAAAAGGAAGAAGAGGUCGAUCGAGGAAACAAAGAUAAAAAUAAAGGUGGUGGCGUGUGCAAAAAUUGUCGGAAGAAGGUUAAAGCAACCAGGAAGACAUAUGUGAAAAAUAAAUAUGAAUAUGCUAUCCAAGCAGUUGUUCAAUCGUUUCGCGCUGAGCGUCAAAAUAACAUGGUGGAAACAACGGUCAACGUAGAAAGUGUGAUAAAGCAACCACCCAAUCUAGAAAUACCAACGGGGGAGGUACACCUUUGGACCAACGCUUCUUGUGUAUGUCCAGAACUGAAAGAAAACGAAGAGUACAUGAUAUCUGGUCAUGUUGACAGUGACAAUAAUAGAUUGCUGUUCCUGCCAUCAAGUCUAAUGGAAUCGUGGAAAAAUAAAUGGACCAAAUCUAUCACUAAAUGGGAAAAAAAACUCGCGAAAAGCCAAGGUAAAGGGAAGCGACGCGGCUCGAGUGGAGGAAGACGCCGUAAAUCCAGUGACACGCCGCCGCCAACGACUGCAGCGCCCGUGCCCGUUGAACAGCCACCUGAAACUGGUGGUGGUGGUGGUGGCGGUGGUGGCAGCAGUGGUAGCAGAAGGAAUAAAAAACCUGCACAGAGAAGGCGAUCAAAAAGGCGUGAAUAAUAGCCGAAUACCGUUACAACUAUCCCGCAGUAUCAUUUCUCAAUAUAUAUGUUUUUCUCGAAAAAAAGUCUUCUCUCGUUGUUACUGACUGGUCAAGCAGAAAUUGGAAAAGAUCGGAAUCAAGAAAGCAGAUGAUAAUAUUGUACUGGAGAGUGUUUGUUAUUAUUAUAAUGAG